CAUUCUAACCGCUAGAUGUCGAACGAGACAGAAGAAUCAGGCACUGAUGCUGCCGAGGAAAGAGAGAGUCUCAAUCCUGAACCAGCACAGAGUCGCCCUCCUCAAGGGAACAGGAGAAGAAGGAAAAAAAUUUAUUAUAUAAUUGUUGGUGUUAUUGUGACAAUUUUAUUAAUUAGUGUCGGACUUUUAGCGGUUUAUUUCACUUUAUUUCGAAAAAAAGAAAGUAAAGUUGUAACGGAACAAGACAUUAACAUGAAAGUUACAACCUCUUCAACAAAUCUAACAAAUCCAACAAAUCCAACAAAUUCAACAAAUCUAAAAGUAAACUCAUUGGAUCAGUACUUUUUGGCUUAUAUGUCAGAUGAACGAUAUAAGGAUAACAUAUUUACCUCUAGGUCGUGGACUAAACAUUUUGAUAAUGUUAAAUACUACGUUCUUGUGUUCAAGAAUGAUAGCAGCUCACUCCUCACAGAGGCUAGCAAUUAUCGUAUAAAAGUUGAAACUGUCGUAUAUGGUAAGUUAUUAUUUGAAGAAAAUUUAGAGGUCGUUAUUUACUUUAAGAAUAUUGGUGGCAGAAAGGAUAAAUGGUGA